CCGCAUACGACAAUCGCUUUCAAAUGCAAUAUUGCAAUAUUGCAACAUCAUCAUCAAAUCGCAGGAAUCACCGCCGAUCACCAAAUCCUGGAGAUCACCUCCAAUCGCCAAAUCACAACACAAUAGAUCAUAUCUGAGCGAUCACGAACACACUCGUCAAUGCGCACGCUAGAGUCGCAUACUGUGAGAGAAACUCGAACAUACUGAGAGUCGCUUCACCAUGACAAACAUACCGGGGAACGCGCCAGGCAUAUUCGCAGGCACUAUCUUCACGAUCAUACCCUGUGAGGAGCUGGACAAUCGCGAGAUCGAGCGUAACCGAAGGAUCAUCGAGAGUCAGGGAGGGGAGUACCGACCUUUGGACGAUAACGAUCAACACAUCCCUGGACUAGAACAAGUAACACACAUAAUCUCAACUCACAUCGACUUCCGGCAAUACACGGCCGCUCUUGAACAUGGCAUCGAUGUUGUGAAGCCAUCGUGGGUAGCGCAUAGCUUGGGCAAGGGAAAACAAGUAUCAGCGCGACAGUACAGCCCCGAUCCAAGUCAGUUCUUUCAAGAUGUGGUCUUUACUUGCGGAGACCUGCCACCAGGCGAUGUUCGCGCCAUCACUGCUGGUGUCAUGGUGCUGGGCGGGCAAUAUAGUGGACCUUUGACCAAAAUUGUCACUCAUAUUGUGACAAUGAGUCUAGAUGAUGAGCGAUGUAGGAUUGCCGAAGAAAAGGAGUUAGGUUGCAAGAUCGUUUUGCCGCAUUGGAUAGAUGCAUGCUUGAAACUUGGGAAGAAGAUCAGUGAGAAGCCAUACCUGCUUCCCGAUCCCGAGAUACUUCGCGCAGAGCAUGGAACCUCCAUUCGGAGCUACCCAACACCACAUUUGUCAGGAGCAACAGUAGCUACCCCUUCAGGACUUCCUUGUUCAACACCUCCGAUAAGUCCGUCGAAAUCUCGCAGAUCGCUCAACGCUCUAUCAUGCAAGAGGGUAUUUUUUUCCAAAGAUCUGGAAAUCAGCGCGCACAUACACAAGACGCUCAAGGAUUUGAUUCAUUCAAGCGGUGGGUCGUGCGUCAGUAAUAUCGACGCUGCCGACAUCUACAUUGGCCAGUUUCGUGACGGCUCUGACUUCGUCUCCGCCUCUCGCGCCGGAAAGGAAGUUGCAAAUCUCUCUUGGCUCUACCAUGUCAUCAAUCAGAAUCGAUACUCAAAUCCGCUCAACAAGUUGCUUCACUAUCCAGUGCCGCGACAUGGAAUCCCAGGAUUUGAGAACAUGAAGAUCAGCAUUUCAAAUUACUCCGGCGACGCACGCACUUACGUGGAAAAUCUGGUGAGGUACUGUGGUGCCGAGUUUACCAAGACCAUGAAACAGGACAACACCCACCUGGUGACAGCACACACCCAGAGCGAAAAAUGCGAGGCUGCACAGGAGUGGAACAUCAAUGUUGUCAAUCAUCUCUGGUUGGAAGAGAGCUAUGCGAAGUGUGCGGUACAGACCUUGUCAAAUCCGAAGUACAAUACAUUCCCAGCUAGGACGAACCUCGGCGAAGUCGCAGGUCAGAUCUCACUUGACAUGAAAAGUGUUGAGCGAGCCUAUUUCCCCAAAUCACGCUCGCCCCAGAAACCGAAAUCACCUGCAAGACCGUCUGAUCCAGUUGUCGCCGAUCCACCAGCGAAAAAGACUAUUGAAACAACUGAGCGUCCCACACCACCCCUGGAAGAAAACGACACAGGUGAUAAUGCGGAGCCAUCGACGACCAAGAAACAACGUGGGCGACCUCGUAAACCCGUGUCAACACCACGAGUUAGUGACGACAAAGAGAACGAAUCGCCAAUGGUUCUCAGCGUCGGUCGUGCAUCAAAAGCCAGAGCAAUGGAUAACCUUCACCAGCAAGCUGGCGACAUUGCAUUAUUUCAGAAGGAGAUGAAAAGGAAAGGAGGUGUAGUACAUGGCGGGCGACGAUCGAGUCACGCCGAUGAUUUUGCAUCCCCUGCACCGGCGACCAAAACUUCACGGAAGAGAACAAGUGAAGAAUUUGACGAUUCAGAAACAGACGAAGAGAUGGCUGACGACGGCGAGACACCAAAAUCAGCCACCAAGCAAAGCAAGAAGUCGAGAACCACGCUUCCCGAGAUUCACACCAGAAUGAUGGUCACCGGAUAUGAUCGCUGGAAAGACGAUAAGCAUAUAGAGUCCUCAGAUCGAGACAAAUUGCGCAUGCUUGGCGUUGCUCUCACCACAAAACCAAAUGCCGUAGAUGUGCUGGUCGCUCCGCGGCUGUUGCGCACUCGGAAAUUUGUCUCCGCUCUUGCGUGCGCUCCUAUGGUCGUCGAUCUUAAAUAUCUCGAAACAGCGCUGACCAAAUCGAAGCUCAUUGAGAAGCCAGCACUGCUUCAUGAUCGUGAAGGCGAAGAGCGAAUGGGAUUUCGACUUGUCGAUGCACUGCAACGAGCGAGAGAGAAUCAGGGCAAACUCCUGCGCGGAUGGUCCAUAUUUGUUACUAAAGAUGUCAACGGCGGUUUCGAGACUUUCAAGGAGAUCAUUACUGUCAACGGUGGGGCCGCGUUCCUCUAUCAGGGUCGCACUGGCAUGCAACUGCCCAAGCGUCGAUUACGCGAUGAUCCACAGUCGGGAGAGGAGUCUCAGAACCAAGGUGGAGCAGAUGAGUUUGACUACGUCUAUCUUGUUUCUGGGAACAGUGAGAAUGACCAAAAGCUCUGGAGAAAUUUCCGGAACGUGGCACACAGGCAGGAGGUCGAGGCGAGGAUUGUCACGACGGACUGGCUGCUGAAUGCUGCAAUGAGCCAGCAGAUUACUUUUGAUGAAAAGUGGUUGCUGUGAGACGCUGCGUAAGUAGAGCUUACGGCAGCAAGAACCGUUGUUAGCUGGUUGGAGAAAUUGUAAGACGACCGGCCAUGCUGGAGAAACUUUUGUAGGAAGGAACAUGAUUUAUGUGGAAACGAAGCCAUGACCGGUAGUUCACAGCCGAAGCAAUCAAUAUCACCCUAAAGCAUUUCUGUAAUACUCGAUCCUUCAACCAACGCAAGGGAACCCGUGCUCCAUCACGCAAUCCGAAUAUGCUUCAAUAAGAUAUGCGCUGCAAUAGUUGCGACAGGCAACGAUUAUCAUGCCUCUUCUUCUUCAGGGAGAGCCUCUGUAAACGCCAGAUCCCCAGUCUCGCCCAGAAUCGAAGCAGCUGUCUCCUCCAGCAAGAUCCCAAACGCGAUG